GUACGAGACAUUGGCGCUUACUGUCAAAGCGCGGACUCCACGGUUGUAAAUUCAAGAGAGGGACGUCAAAGGCGAAUAGAUAUUUAGUGACUAGUAUUUUUAAAAUAAUUGUUAUAAUGGCCAAAAAGACUUAUGAUUUGUUGUUCAAAUUGUUGCUGAUCGGCGACUCUGGCGUCGGCAAGACGUGUAUACUCUUCCGCUUCUCGGAUGACGCCUUCACAACCACAUUUAUAUCCACAAUCGGCAUAGAUUUCAAAAUAAAAACGGUGGAGUUGAGAGGCAAGAAAAUCAAAUUGCAGAUAUGGGACACUGCAGGCCAGGAGAGGUUUCACACCAUUACAACUUCAUACUAUCGAGGUGCCAUGGGAAUUAUGUUAGUUUAUGAUAUUACAAAUGAGAAAAGUUUUGAGAACAUAGUAAAAUGGUUAAGGAAUAUAGAUGAGCAUGCAAAUGAAGACGUAGAGAAAAUGAUUCUCGGCAAUAAAUGUGAUAUGGAUGAUAAAAGAACAGUUAGCAAAGACCGAGGAGAAGCGAUCGCGCGCGAGCACAGCAUAAGAUUCAUGGAGACGUCGGCGAAGGCGAACAUCAACAUAGAGAAGGCAUUUAGCGAAUUAGCGGAAGCGAUUUUAGAUAAAACAGCCGGCAGGGAGCCGGGCGAACACAUUGACCGAGUGACGGUUGACAGAAGACAACAGGCGUCGUCGUCGAAGUGCUGCAGUCACUGAAACUCAACCAAUCCCCAACCCCACACACCACAUACACGCAAUAUUUUUAAAUCAAACAAUAAUUGAAACACGCAUAUUUACUACUUCAUACCAUCUCUGCAUCUUCGCAUUUGCAUGUAACGAUAAGAACAAACAUUUUUUUAUGUAAAUUUAAAUAACUAUAUAGAUAUAUAUCGGUUUAAAUAUGGAUAUAAGUUAUAUCGGGUGUGAACGUUAAAUUAUUGUAGUAGGUGGUAUAUUUAAUUAUUGUAAAUGUUCAUUUCCGAAUGACCAAAAUCUCAGUGUGUAUGACUUUGAUUCGAACGAAACGACGACUGCACGAUGAUGCAGAUCGAUAGCAAUCUAAUGUAAAACUCAUUGAAUAGUUUUUCUUCUAUGAUUCGAGCGCAUACGGUAAGAGUAAAAACAAAGUAAACUUUUGAUGUGAAGCCAAAGUGUAUAAAUCUGCUUAGUUUCUUGCGAAUUAAUAAAAAAAAAUUAUAUAAAUAGGCGUAUAGCUUUAGCGUGUAUACUGAUGGCAUAAGUAAACGGAUAUUAAUCAUUAAUCGACUAAAACAAUAUGUGGCAUAUUAUAUAUUAACGACUCUUUGUGAAAACUAUUCAGUGAUGGAUGAUAAAAGUAAGAGUAACGUGCUUUUUUACAUUAAAUUUGAUAAAUCUCUCUUCUAUCUUUUGACUACUUUUGUCAACUACAAUAUUAGGAUACUCAUUUGGUUUUAUUUAUAUAUAAAUGAAAAUGUGUUAUUGGAUUCACUUCAAUAAUCGCAAUAUCAAUGUAUGAAAUGCAAUUGAAAGAGCUUUUUCAAAUAAACUACUACAAACUGG